AAUGUACUGUGUUCGAUACGAACAACGGAACAGCAUCCCGUUCCUUGAGUUGCGGGCAAGAACCCAACACACAAUGUUAUUAUCGAGCAGCAUUGCUCCUUGACGGCCCCUCGACAGACUCCAGCCUUGUUUGUGCAUGCUGCAGUCUCCAAAACGUUUGGGCUGCAUAUCAGCCAGAUAUUCACUCAAGUCUUGCAGGACGGGUCACGGCAGGUCAUGUGGAUUGGCCCCCUUUAAGGAGAGAGGGGUCCUUUGGUGUACAAGGUGGCUUCCCGGCGCAAAAGCUUGGGGUGGGGAGUUCUCUGACGAACGAACAGACCAUUGAAUACUGGCCGGAAGGACGAGCUCGGCUAGUGAUCCCGAAGGUUUGGGAAAGCCGUCAUCGGAGAGAUCGAGAGGUGUUGUAAACUCGAGGUCGCCAACAGGAUACCGACAAGAGUUCAUCGGAUCGUACCGCACUGGCCACGCAUCUCAACUCUUGGAGGGCAUCUGGACCGCGACAUGAACUCCCCCACCUUUUGCCCCUCGCUGCCGCGCGAUAACCUCGAGGUAGAAUCUGUGACGACGUUGCCUGGGUUAGUCCAAAUCGGGAGUCACCCAGGACAGAUCCAUAGAGAGAGGGAACCUCAGUCGCCAAUUAACCCCACUAAGGGGUUACAGACGCACACGGGAACGAAAAAAACUUGCCAGAUAAGACGGAGGAUGGUCGACAUAUGACUGCUAAGAGGCGGCUAAUGUUUUUUUGAGAAGGCCAUAUGCACGAACCAGGCGGUAGGUAUUGGUUCC